AUGAAUGUUCUGAAGAAUCAUUCGAAAGUAUUCAUCGGCGAUUUUAGCUCGUUUGAGCGUAAAAUCAACCGUUUUAUGGAUGGUGUGCCAGAUAAUUUCAUGGUGGUUGCAGAUUUUGAUUAUACUCUGACAACAAGCAAAACUAAGACUGGUGAUCAAGCUGAUAUCACUUAUGAUGUGUUUGCUAAGACAGCAGCAAGUAGAUCACCAAACUGCGGCCAACUGUUCAAGACUUUGAAUGAGAAAUAUUCUCCUAUUGAAACUAAUUCGUCUUUGAGUAAUGAAGAGAAAUCAUUAGCUAUGUUGGAGUGGUGGACUAAAGCUAAUGAUCUUAUCAUUCGUGCAGAAUUCAAGGAGAAAGAAAUAUUGGAUCUUGUAAAACAAUCUACUAUGCGACUUAGGUCCAACUGCGCUUUAUAUUUCGGCGAGUUAGAGCAGCUGAAGAUUCCAUUGAUAAUCUUUUCCGCAGGUAUCUCUAAUGUUAUUGAGGCGUCGUUACUAUUUGAGCUAGGCAGAAUCCCGGAAAAUGUUCAAAUUGUAUCGAAUACAAUGUACUUCAAUGAAAUGGGUGUCAGUUAUAAAUUUUCGGAACCAGUUAUACAUUCAUUCUCAAAAAAUGGAAGUUUGCUAGAAAAUUGCUUGGAAAAAGUGCAAGAUUUAAAACUGAAGAAUCGAAUUAUCCUUCUGGGCGACUCCUUAGGAGAUUUAUGUAUGUUGGAUGGCUGUUCGCUGCUGAAUGAGAGUGAUAACACUAUAUUAAAAAUUGGUUUUUUGAACAAAAAUGUUGAUAUGUUAUUGGAUUCGUUUGUCAAAAAUUUUGAUAUGGUUAUAAUAAGAGAUCAAACAAUGGACGUUUUGAGACAUCUGAAUUACAUUUUAUUUUCUGUCGGUAAAUCACCAUUUAUAUAA